GGAAGAGACCAGCGCCUGGGAAACGCCCCAUCCUCCUUAGCGCAAUGGGCGUGGUCGGAGGCGGGGCCUACGUCAUGACGGCAACGGCGGAGCCCCGCCUCCCGCAGCGGCGCGAGAUCUGAAUGCGCGUCAGCGCUAACGGCGGCUGCAGUGGCGCGCUGUUCGGGGCCGCCAUGAGACGCAAGGGGUCUGAGGAGGAGGAGGAGGCGUGUGGCGUGUGGCUGGACGCGGCCGCGCUGAAGAGGCGGAAGGUGCAGACACAUUUAAUGAAACCAGGCACCAAAAUGCUGACAUUGCUUCCUGCAGAGAGAAAACCUAGUAUUUCUUUUACUCAAAGAAGAGGCACUCGGCAAACCAGUAUUACAUCCUUUGUCACCUUACAGCCAGGAAUGGCACAUGAUGGGAGAAAAUGUUCUUCUGGUUACCUUGAAGAAAAUCAGAUCAACAAAGAAUGCAGAACCCAGCUGGACUGCUUGGUCCAGGGAUUGGGGGAUGAUUGCUUGCUAUCACCUUUGGCCACUUCAAGUCCUGCAGAUAUCCAGGAAGCUCAACACACGACUCAGUCUCCCCAGAUAUCUAGCUGCCACAGUUUGGAAACACCAUCUUUGACUAUGAUGUCGUCACCCCAGCCUGAUGUCCUGAUGGGCGGUGGAGAGAGUAAAGCCUCCUCGGCCUCUUCCUUCACUCAGUACUUGGAACAUUGUUUGCUGGACCAAAGAGAAGCCAAGAGGAAAAGGGAGUGGCUCCAUGGACCUAAGACAAACUGCCCAGGCAUGGGAAGCCACAUCAGACCAUCUGGGGGUAAAUGCCAUCAGCCCUUGGACAAAGGUCAAGUGGGGAAAAGGGGCCUUGCCAAGGAGAACAGGCCAGCCCCUGUGCAUCUUCAAACCUACAGACUAGAGCCCUGCAGUAGGAAGAAACUGCCAUCGAUGACAAAAAGCCCUUGUCCUCUUGCUGUAUUUUCCUGGGACAGUGAAAGCAAGGACAGGGACUCCUGGAGUCAGCUUUUCACUGAGGAUUCCCAAGGCCAGCAGGUCAUUGCCCACUACACUAAGAUGCCUUUCCAAGAUGUAACCAAUGCCAGGAAUCAAGGCUCAGGGCAGUUACCUGACAGCCCUCAGGCUCAGUGCCAAGAUAGGCCUACUCAGGCACAUCUGCAGCCACACCUGCUCUUUACCCAGGACUCAGAAGGUAAUCAGGUUAUCAGGCACUAGUUCUAAAUGUUGAUGUGAAUGUAUCUUAAGUGGCAGAGAGGGAGGAAAGUAAGGUGGGUCUGG